AUGGCGUCUCUUGAGGAACUGGACGAUCUCGAGCGCCGCGAUCGUGACGACAAGGACAAGAAGGAUGGCAAAGACGACAAGGGUGACGGAAAUGAUAAGCCUUCUGGCGAUGGCGAUGCUGAGAUGAAGGAUGCCGAGGAGGAAAACGUCAUUGACGACGAGAUCCUGUCGCUCAACACCCAGGACAUCCUGAACCGCAGGCGACUCCUCGAAAACGAUGCUAGAAUCAUGAAGUCCGAGUUCCAGCGAUUACAACAUGAGAAAGCCACCAUGAACGAGAAGAUCAAGGAGAACCGGGAGAAGAUCCAGAACAACCGACAGCUCCCGUACCUGGUCGGCAACGUGGUCGAGCUGCUCGAUCUGGAUCCUACGGCAGAGUCAUCGGAGGAGGGUGCAAACAUCGAUCUCGAUGCCACGAGGGUAGGGAAAUCGGCUGUCAUCAAGACUUCAACGAGACAGACAAUCUUCCUGCCACUGAUCGGGCUGGUAGACCCCGAGGAUCUGAAGCCCGGCGACCUCAUCGGCGUGAACAAGGACUCCUACCUCAUCCUCGACACCCUGCCUGCCGAAUACGACUCCCGGGUCAAGGCCAUGGAGGUCGAUGAGAAACCAACAGAGAAGUACAGCGAUGUUGGCGGCUUAGACAAGCAAAUAGAGGAGCUCGUGGAAGCCAUUGUGUGGCCCAUGAAGGAAGCAGAGCGAUUCAAGAAGAUUGGAAUCAAGGCACCGAAAGCACAGACAGAUGCGACAUUCCUCAAGCUUGCUGGUCCGCAGCUGGUCCAGAUGUUCAUUGGCGACGGUGCCAAGCUCGUCCGAGACUGCUUCGCACUGGCCAAGGAGAAGGCCCCGUCCAUAAUUUUCAUCGACGAGCUUGACGCCGUCGGCACGAAACGAUUCGACUCGGAAAAGUCGGGCGACCGAGAAGUGCAGCGGACCAUGCUUGAGCUCCUCAACCAGCUCGAUGGCUUUGCCUCGGAUGACCGCAUCAAGGUCCUGGCGGCAACGAACCGCGUGGACGUCCUCGACCCCGCGCUGCUGCGUUCUGGUCGCCUGGAUCGCAAGAUCGAGUUCCCGCUGCCCAACGAGGAAGCCCGUGCCCAGAUCCUCAAGAUCCACAGCCGCAAGAUGACGGUCGACAGUGCCGUCAACUGGGGCGAGCUGGCGCGCAGCACGGACGAGUUCGGCGGUGCCAUGCUGAAGGCUGUGUGCGUUGAGGCUGGCAUGAUCGCGCUGAGGAUGGGCAAGAACAAGAUUAGCCACGAGCACUACGUCGACGCCAUCGCCGAGGUCCAAUCCAAGAAGAAGGAGACCGUCAAUUUCUAUGCCUAG